UGACGUGUGUGUACGAAUUAACUCAGGUGGGCCCACUUCCAAUUCCAUGCAAACUAAUUGAGAAAGAAAGCGACGGAAAAUUUCAUUUAUUUGGAUUCCGGUUGUUGGAGGAGUUUCGACUACUACUGCCUUGGACCUCGAAACCACGGUUUUCUCGGGCCCGGUGGCUUUGACCAAGAAGCGCCAAAAACCAAACCCUCGGAAACCUCAGCCACACAGCCACUCCUUCUUCAUUCCCCCUCCAACCCCCUCAACCCAACACAGACCAUAAUAAUAAUACACACUACACUCACCACUCUCUUCACUCUUCUUUCACUUUCACAAAACCAACUAACCCAAAAACGCGCGCCAGUCAUUACUCUCUCUGCCACUUUGUUUUUUCAGUUUUCUUAACUCUUGCUUUCUCUGCCGUUACAUUUCUAAUCUUUUUUAUGGGUUUCUGAGCUUAUAAAGUAAGACCCAACAAAAGUUUAAUUCAAGAACUCAAUGGCCAAAAAUGAGCGUUUCGACUUUGACAACCUGGCGGUGACCGGGGGAACUAGUUUUUCACAGUUGUUAUUAGGAGACGACGACGUUUUGGGUCUCGAUGUGAACCAGAUUUUCAAUAAGUGUAACAAUAGUAGCAUCAAUACCUCUCUUUUUUCAUCUGUUGAGAAAACGCCCAGAAUGCUCUGUUUUGAAAAUUUUCCCAACAGAGGGGAAAUAGUUUUCUCUGAUCAGUCGACUCAGAAAUCAGGUAUUACCUGUAGUGACUCGUCGUCUUCUACUUCUUCUUCGAGUAAUAGCGUCAGCCUCAGCACCAUGUCUAAAUCAAAUAGAAAGCGAAAUGGAUCGGACCAAGAAUCUGUUCACUGUGUGAGUACCGCCACCACCAUUACAUGUACAAACCCAAAUCAAACACUCCCUAAAAAGAUCAAAACAGUAGCUACAACAAAGAGAAAAGAGAAGCUAGGAGAAAGAAUUACAGCUCUUCAACAGCUAGUUUCACCAUUUGGCAAAACUGAUACGGCAUCAGUGCUUCAUGAAGCGAUGGGAUACAUCAGGUUUCUGCAAGAUCAGGUUCAAGUUUUGUGCUCUCCUUAUCUGCAACGUUUGCCUUGUGUACCCGAUAAGGAAGGUGGUGAAAAUGGAGGUAGGAAGGAUUUACGAAGCAGGGGAUUAUGCUUGAUUCCAGUGGAAUGCACCUUACACGUGGCGGACACCAACGGUGCUGAUUUAUGGUCUCCUGCUAUGGCUUCCAACGUUUCAUCGUCCAUGAAAUGAAGCAGUGAAUAUUAUAAGUAUAACUAUUUUUUGCUCUCCUUGGAAUACUUUUUACUCUGUACAUGGUCAAGAACCUUAAUUAAGAAAAGGGUUAAAAAGUGGAAGAAAAAUGUGCAGCAGAAUAUAACCAGGUUUCUUACAUGUAGAGAAAGAAGAAAAAGGCUAUUUUUUGUUGUCGUUGAAAGAAGUGUCCUUUUCAUGACAUCUUUGGUUUGGCUCUGCUUUACAUUUUGUUGUGUUUUCAUAGGGACAAAAUAUGGGUUUUUUGGUUUGGUGAACGUUUUCUUGUAUGGAACUGGAACACACCUGUAAAUUUUCUUAGGCUUUUAACUAAUCUUUAGUUUUUUUUUUGA